AUUAAGUUUUAAUUUCUAAACAGAAUACUAUUUGACAUUGAAAGUUUUCUGUUGAUUAAAAUAGAAAACACAGUAAGCAGACAUUGUCUGGGUUGCGCCAUAAUACUGUAACAGUAAAAUUAGAGAAAAUGGACGUUGUGUUUGCAUUUUAUGCCUUCUGCAUAUUAUUUCUGUCUACAUCUGAUUGUUUUGCGAUGCCACGCAACCCUGUUGGAACCAAUAAUGAUGACUGUCAUUACCGCCGCUGGACAAAAUGUGAAGGUCUUCCUAAAUAUAUAACAAGUAUAAAACCAACGGUUAAAAAAACUGAUCUUUUAAACCAAUAUAUCGGCAGCGUUUAUCAAAAGUUGACUGAAAUAUUAAAGAAAGGAAUACACGAAAGAAGUGAAGAGGAUCAUAAUUUAUUGAAGAAAUACAAGCAAGUGAUGCAAAACAAAUCUGGAUAAACUUUUAAAAUAAUAUAUAAAUUUAUUAUAGCUCAACUAUUUGUUAUUUAUUUUCGUUAAUUUUAUUUGUAACAAGACGCAGAACGUAAUUAACCUCGAAAUAAAUGCUAUGAAAGCCUA